AUGUCCCGUCUGAAGCGACGGGAUAUCCUAGAGCACACGGAGUCCACGCGCUGCGAGACCCUUCACCGGCGGGCGUUAACUAACCGCGCAAGCGGCAUUGCGAGAACUCCCAAUGAUGACUCGAGUGGGGAGGCGCGGCGUUUCCCCGGGGCUCCGGGCACGGAGGGCCCAGAUGCGCCAGCGGUAAACAAGGCCGCGACUCGCGCACCGCACUUACCGGGAGCCGCGGCCCCGCGGCCGCUGAGCCCAGGCGUGCCGGACCGAGUCUGGCCAGGCCGGAAGAAUCGGACACAGGCACGGUGGCGACGGAGGCGGCGGGCCAACGCCGGUCAGGCCCGCGCUGCUUCCUCCGGCGGAGCCGUCUCCACAGCUCCGGAAGUGCUCAGAGCGGUUGCGUCACUUCCGGCCUGGGGUCGACCCGCGGUCGCCGGGGUCGCGGCAGGCGCUGGCAGCGUUUUUCUGACAGACUCCUUCACGUCACUGUUUGUGCUCGGUGUCCGGCACGGAGAAGACAUCCUGACAUUCGUGGAGUGAAUAAAGACUGUUGUUUCCCAGCCUCUAUCUUGUCGAAGGAGAGCUGGGUCUUCGGAUCAUCGCGGCGGGCGGAGAAUUUCUGCCUACGUUCCGAGGCCAUUGACAGAUGGCCCCUAAUUCAGAGAUCCACGCCCGUCUUCCGCUUCCCUCUCCACUGCCUAGUUUGCCGCCUAAUUCUAUGGUUUCCCGUUCACUCAAGAUUGAAUGUAGCACAGUUUCUUCAAACAGUAUGGGAAGUGCCUUUAUGAUUUUCAGUACUUUCAUCAAGUAUUAUGGAUCGACAGAGCCACGAAGCCUCACUCAAGUUGCUGCGGCACAACAGUGGAAACGCCAGUGUAAAGCCAGAGAUGUUAGGGAGCCUCCUGGCUGUGCACGUCCGUAGACAACCCAAACCAUUUCCACCCAUAUACGAGUAGUUAUAUACUGAUAUUCAAGAUAUCGAUGUGUAACUGGCUCUUUUAUUUUUAGUUCUGCUUGCAUGUAUUCGUGUAUUUCUUAUACAGGGUAUAAGCUUCCAGUUUAACUCAGAGCAUGUAACCCAAAUCAAGUGCAUUUAAAUACUAGAAAGUCCCAAAUUAACUUGGAGUGAAAAUUAAUAGAAAUGAGUGAGUAACAUAUUGCAAGGUUAUGAAUUUUAUAUAUCAGCAACGUGAAAGUCUAUAAUCCAGUGUACUUAUUUGUUUUGGCAAAACAUAUCCCUUUACAUCAUGAUGUAAAAUAUUUUUGUUUUUAUUGUUGAGGUCUUAAUCCACCCAGAAUUUGUUUGGUAGGAUGUGUAGAGAAUCUAGUUUUAUAUUUUCUAAUUUGAUAGUCAGUUGCCCCAACACCAUUUAUUGAAUAGACCAACAUCUUUAAUCCACUUUUAUCACACAAGCACUUCUAUCAUGGUCUAAAUUCCCAUGUAUACAUGGAUCUGGAGUCUCAGUUGUAUUUGAGGGUCUGUUUGCCUAGUCCAACUCUAAUACAGAGUUUUAAUUAGAGCUAAAUGGUUUGUUUUUGAUAUACGGUAGAACAAGUUAUCCUUAUGAUCUUUUAAAAAAUUUCUUAGCCAAGAUCAUACAAUUUUUCUUUUGUAUAAAACUUAGAUUCAGGUUGACGUUUCAUUUUUGAAAACCCACUGAAGAGCAUUGAAUUUCUAAGAAUAACUUAAGGAUAGUACUGAUAUCCUCAAUACUGAGUUCUUGUAUCCAAGGAAUAUAAUAUAUCUUUACACUUACUUUAUUUUUAUUUUAUGUAUUUGAAUUUUAUAGCU